CAAUUCCUUAUCGCAGUCUCCCUCUCGUGAGGAGGAGAGCUGUGAGUCUUGUCCUGUCUAUUCAUCAAUGUCGAUGAAAUUAGAGCUUCGAAAGGUGCAAGAAGAAGGGACGAAGUUGUUUUGCUACUUUGGGUUCGCGUCUGCAUGUCAGUUUGCAGCGACAAAGCUGCCAACGCCUGUUGAAGCUUGCUUUCAAAAUGACCAGCGCCCUGUCAAUGUUGCGAGACGGUGUCGGAAAGCUGGAAACUUUGUCGGACCUGUGCGCUUUGGCUCAACAAGGCAAUGCGCUCGACGGGGGAAAGCGUUCACAGGUCCUGGAAGAGGCCAUGCUGGCAUCGCGACCAGUGGUCACUCAUCAGCACCAGGCGCAUCAUGAUAUCAGGCUGACGAACAAUACGUAUGGCAACGAGGAGCAGUUGGCUUCUAGGAGCGCGUCGCUUGUGAAUGAGCUCACCAGCUGUUUGGAGCAGCCGCAUGGACAACAUCAGCAACAGCAGUCGGAAGAACGCAGAACAUUCAUCACCAUGCCGGUGGAGAACAGGGGCCUGAGCUCCCCCACAAACAACUGUAGCAGCACCAUUGCAAGGAGCAAUUGUGCUACAAAAACUGCCAGCAGUAGCAUUGUCCGAAGCAAGAAGGCGGAUCAGCCGCAGCGAAUCAAGCGCCCCAUGAAUCCCUUCAUGAUCUGGGCCAAAGGUGAGAGGUCGAUAAUUCUCAAUCGCAAUCCCACUAUGCAUAACUCAGAUGUGAGUAGGCAGCUUGGUCGGAAUUGGCGGUCUAUGAGUGAUGAAGAAAAACAACCUUUUAUCCGGGCCGCGGAGCAGUUGGCCGAGGAACAUCGGCGCAAACAUCCCGACUACAAAUAUCGGCCACGCAAGAAGGAUCCAAAUGUCCAACGAGUGCGUGGACGGAGGCUGGACAGUGAUGCCUUGAACCGGGUGACCAAGGCACUCACUCAGCAAGAGAUAAAUGAAUGCGUUAGCGGCUGCAUUUCGCCGCUCAUGAAGCGUGCACCCCGUCCAUCCAGCAUGAAGCUCAGCAGCACAACGUUACCUUUCGAGUAUGCCUUCCAGCCAUCGGUCGACACAGCUGCAGAGCAACUUGAGAAAGCGGCCAUGAUUGCCAGUGCUCCAGUAACCCCGGUUAUGAGGGAGAGUCCAGAGAUGAUCGAACAGCAUCGCCAGCAGCGGCAUUAUUCGCCCUACGAACAACCUCCCAGUUGCUCGUACAGAACUGGUGCUAGUGAAAGAGGUUGGUAUUCCUGCCCACCAAGCCCCUCGUCCUACUCUGAGAAACCGUACUCGACCAUGCGGCCUGCCGUAGAUCGCCAGCACCAGCAGCAGCAAAGAUCAUUGGAAACUACACCAAUGGCCGACACACCCUUGACUGAAGGCUUCAACAGUCCUCCACCACUAGUCAACUGCAGUCAGUACCAACCAGCGACCCCUAGUGGCAACUGUCCGCCUCCGCUGCGCAACAGAACUAUUGACCGGAGCAAUAGCAAUGCUCCAUUGCAUCAGCAGCAGCAGCAGAAUCAACACACCCACGAUCAUGUAUCAACCGGUGCCUACCAUGAGCAGCCAGGUCCACCUCCUAUGCUGAGCCACGGUCAUUUACAGCACGAGCCACAGCAACCGCCGCCAGCAUCAGUGUGUGCUGAAGAACAGUCAUACCAGUACACAAUGCUGGGCCAUGUACAGCAGAACGGCGACCCGUAUCACAAUCAGAUGUGCGAUCACUCCUUGCACGGAAGUCGCGUUGCCAGUCAGCAAUCCAGUCCGGUGCAGGAGUACGCAGUGACGGCACAACACUCACCACCACACCUUGCCGACCACACACCACGGCACAUCUCCCCACCCUGUAGCGACACGCGCAGUUACACAUCGUCCACCCAAUCGCUGACUCCUGAUCAGUUUGAGCACAUGGCACCAUCCGCUCCGAGCAGCCGACGUUCGUCUCAAGUAUCCAAUAUCGCACAGAAGUUACUAACUGUGAUGGUGAAGAGAACUGAUGAGAAUAGCACACCGGAUGGGAACGGACCGUACUUAUCCCCCGUGACCGAGCAGAAGUACGUUCCACCCACACAGCAACAGCAACCACCACCACCGCCGCCGCCUCUGAACCUUCACGCUGAGACUGCUGGUCAUUGCCAAAACCCAGCCAUGGCCACAACCUCAAACUCCUACUAUCAUCAUCACUCGGCUAAAAUGCACUCGCCGAUGAGUACAUAUGAUGGACACGAUCAGCGACCGGAUCCCUACAACGACUGGCCGGCCCAUGCUGCAGUAAUACCGCAAACCCACCAGGGCCAUCACAUGCAAUUUCACUAUCCGACCUGAGCUUUAUUGAAUCUUACUUUCAAUUCUGACUACUCGUUUUAGCAGGAUGCCUCACUAGCAGACACGACUGCAUGGCACGUUCCGAGUAUAGUUUUUAGAUAGAGUACACUGUAGACACCUGCAAAAAUACUUGUCAGUCCAGCUUGAUUCGUUUAACAGUUUACAUAGAAAAUGUUCAACUACUGCACAUACAUUAUAGUGCAUAGCGUUCACUGUUUUCCGUUUUUGAUUUAUUAUUAUUACUCCGGCAUCUGGCUCUAUAACGUCACUUCCUUUACAUUGAUCUUCUCAAGGUUUUGUUACACCUUUGUCGGCUUUCACACUUUGAAUUCUUGAUCUCUUUCUUGCAGCUUGACUUGUCCACCGAUCAACACUGACAGUCCUUAUGCGUACAAUUCUUUUAUCCAAACCCA